GACCAGCGGUGCCCCUUGCUUCGACAAGUAAAAACGCAAUAUCUCAUAACUAAAGGAUGGAAUUUUAAAAGCAUUGUUUAUAAAAUCAGAAAAGGAGGAGUUCCCGCCGGAAUUUCUUCGUCAAUGACUUCGUACCAGUCAUUUAGAUGAUAGAGCAGAAAGAGAAUAAAUCUCUCCAGGAAGAAUGGAUGACAGCAACAAUCAAACAACGCUAGAGAGUAUCUAUCCAGAAAGUGUGUCCGCGGAAAUUUUAAUCACGAGGAAGGUGUCAAAUUAUUCGUACUCUGCGGGGUAUGUGUCGCAUGGCAUGCCUUUGAAGUUUACCGGAAACGAAUCCCAUUCGGAAAAUCUUGGAAGUGAUUCAAUUUCCCCGGAAACAGUUGUUGGACUUUCUCUCCUAUUUUUUGUGAUAAGUGUGAUAGGAAUCUGUGGAAACUCGUUCGUGGUUUGUGCGGUAGUAUGUAAUAAAAAGAUGAGAACUUCCAUGACAAAUUUACUCAUAACCAAUCUGGCCUUUGCAGACCUUCUUAUCAUGGUAUUUGGAAUUCCUGAAACAAUUCUUUUUAUGUUAGAACAGGGUUGGUUAUUUAACCGCACAGCUUGUAAAGUAAACCGUUACAUCAUGGUGACGUCAUUGUAUGGAUCUGUACUCACACUCAUAGCUUUAUGCGUAGAAAGAUACGUGGCAAUCAUUCAUCCCAUCAAGGCCCACAUCGUGUGUAACAAAAGAAGAAUCGUGUUUAUAUUGGGUUGUAUUUGGCCGUGUGCCUGUCUGGCGGGUCUACCCACCCUUAUGUUUAAUGAAGUAAUCCAGGGCGAUCCUAGGAUACCUAUUGUUUACUGUAUGAUAAUCUUUCCGGACAAUCACAUGUUUUAUUUUGUAUUGUUUAAAUAUAUAGAAUCUGUUUUAUUUUACUUCUUGCCACUAGUGAUCCAAGUGACGUUGUACAUCUUUGUGACGAAACACUUAUUUGUUGGAUCGGAGAGACUCCAUCGACGCGUGACGAUACGUCUGGUGAAUGGUUCUUCACUUGAGCGAUUUUCAGAAGCUCUACAAGCGAGAAGAGGUGUUGUCAAAAUGUUGAUAUCAAGUGUUGUCGUGUAUUUUCUGAGUUAUCUCCCUCACCAAGUUCUCCUGAUUUCCAACACUAUCUCGCCACAGACCUUUCAUCAUAACUUCGCAUAUCAGGUCUUCGUUAUGAUAAUCGCUAACGUCAACUCAGCUGCAAACCCGGUUCUUUAUUCUAUUUUUAGUCAGAAUUUUAGGCAGUGUUUUAAAUUUAUAAUCUGUAGAUGUUGCCAGAAUAAUCACCAUCAGGUCAAACCGAGGCGACAACCGACCCUGACCUCUAACACAUCACGUGUUUGGCGACAAGCAAGUUACGUCUCCGCUACCACGGAAAUGUAAAUUUACAAUUUGUAAGCGUUUUAAAGGUUUAUGUCUUCGUUAUUUUAAAAUCAAUUUAUGAGUUUUUAAUGAUUUUUUUUA